AUAAAGUAUAUUUAAUAUAAAAUUAACAAAACAUACAAAAACAAGUGAACAAUAAUAUUAUCUGCAAUCAUGUCUCAGUUCAAUUUUGUGAGCGAUUUGCAGAACGCUCUCAUAAUGGACGGUGAGACUUGUGGUCCUGCCCCACGCUGGAAGAAAAAGCUAGAAGCUUCUUUAAACGGCAGUGUGAAUACGACGCGUUCUGUGCUGUCUGUUUCAUAUAAUACCAGCUUUUCGGGUGUGCAACCGCCGGUGAAAACGCCUGGCAAGAGCACUGAUACCAAGGCCAAAAAGUCAACGACCACACCAACUAAGACGCCUGGCGGUGGCGAUCGCUUUAUACCCAAUCGCGCCGCCACCAACUUUGAGCUAGCACACUUUUUGCAGGUGAACAAGGAUACGGCGGAAAAAUCGGAUGAGGAAAAUGAGGGGAAAAACAGUGGCAAUGAUAACAAUGUGCAAGCUUCGGCACACAAGGGUGAAAGGCAAAAACUCAUCUCAGAGGUAGCACAGAUAGGCGACAACAAAGGCGGACGUAUAUUAUGUUAUCAAAACAAAGCGCCCGCUGCACCCGAAACCCAUACAAAUCCUCUUAAGGUGGUCUACGCGCUGAAGACACCCAUAUCGACCAAGAGCGGUUCGCGCUAUAUACCUACAACACCUGAGCGCAUACUUGAUGCGCCAGACUUCAUUAACGACUAUUAUCUGAAUCUGAUGGACUGGAGUGGCGACAACAUUGUGGCAGUUGCCUUGGGUAGUUGCGUUUAUCUUUGGAAUGCAGCCAGCGGCAAUAUUGAGCAGCUAAGCGAGUAUGAGGAAGGUGACUAUGUCUGCUCUCUCUCCUGGAUACAAGAGGGACAAAUUCUGGCAAUUGGCAACAGUUCUGGUGCCGUUGAGCUGUGGGAUUGCUCGAAAGUCAAGCGCCUGCGCGUCAUGGAUGGCCACAGCGCACGAGUGGGCUCCUUGGUCUGGAACUCGUUUCUGGUCUCAUCGGGCAGCCGUGACGGCUCCAUUGUGCAUCAUGAUGUGCGCGCACGCAAUCAUAAAGUUGGCACACUCAACGGACAUACUCUAGAGGUAUGCGGCUUGAAGUGGUCACCGGACUUUAAGUACUUGGCUAGCGGCGGCAAUGAUAAUCUGGUGAAUGUGUGGUCGCUGGCUGGGAAUGGCGUGGGCACGGCUACAGAACCAUUGCACAAGUUCAACGAACAUCAGGCGGCAGUACGGGCGUUAGCUUGGUGUCCUUGGCAGCCCACCACACUGGCGUCGGGCGGUGGCACCGCAGAUCGUUGCAUCAAGUUCUGGAAUGUGUGCAAUGGCACGCUAAUCAAAUCUGUGGACAGCAAAUCGCAAGUGUGCUCACUGCUCUUCUCGCGCCACUACAAGGAACUCAUCUCAGCGCAUGGCUUUGCCAACAAUCAACUGACUAUCUGGAAGUACCCAACAAUGAUCAAGCAGGCAGAUCUUACUGGACACACCUCGCGUGUGCUGCAAAUGGCCAUGUCUCCGGAUGGCAGCACGGUCAUAAGCGCCGGCGCUGAUGAAACAUUGCGUCUCUGGAACUGCUUUGCACCCGAUCCACUGGCCAGCAAAAAGGUGGCCAAUGUCAGCAGCAACGCUAAGAAGAGUGUAUUCCGUCAAAGCAUACGCUAGGACAACUUGACUACUUAAACUUGACCUUAAACUAAUUUUAUCAAUUUUGUAAUGUGCUUUAUUAGCUCAAUGAAUUCGAAUUAAGUUUUCCAUGUAAC